AGAGCGGGAAGUUCCCCGUUUAACUUUGUCUCCGGACGAGCAGAAAGACACCCGGAGUCUCAGCAGAUAACUGACCGGAAACAAAGCGUUUGUCCACCGCCUAGCUGCUCAGGACGUGUGCGUGAUGAAGGCGUGUUUGUUGUGUUUGGUGGUGUUUAGCUGCUUUAGCGGCUCUUUAAGUGACACACCAGCUAACUGUACUUAUGAAGAGCUGCUGGGAACCUGGAUGUUCCAGAUCUCUAAUGUAGGACAAGAUAAAACCAUCGACUGCUCUACUGCUGGUCCACCAGUGAAGUCAGUGACUGUGCACUUGCAGAAAUUAUCUCAGGCUGUUGAUGAUCUUGGAAAUACUGGUUUCUUCACCAUCAUCUACAACCAGGGCUUCGAGGUUGUUCUCAACGACUACAAAUGGUUCGGCUUCUUCAAGUAUUCCCAAGAAGGUUCUGUGGUCAAGAGUUACUGUGAUCAGACGCUUCCUGGUUGGGUUCAUGACGUUCUGGGAAACAACUGGGCCUGUUUCACUGGGAAGAAAGUUCAGCGUGUGGCUCCUAAAACCUCCUUCAUCCGUCCACCUAACCCGUUCCUGCAGCUGUAUAAACAUGACACAAGCUUCGUGGAGCGUAUAAACUCUGUACAGAGCUCAUGGAGAGCUGCAGCCUACAGAGAGCAUGAGAUCCUCACCAUCCAGGAGCUGACACGAAGAGCAGGAGGACGCAAGUCCCACUUCCCAAGACGUGUAAACCCCGCCCCCGUCACCCCGGAGCUUCUCAAGAAGGCUGCCGGUCUGCCAGAGCAGUGGGACUGGAGGAAUGUGAACGGCGUCAAUUACGUCAGUCCAGUACGCAAUCAAGCGUCGUGUGGUAGCUGCUACUCCUUUUCGACGAUGGGGAUGCUGGAGUCACGAAUCCGAGUCCAGACCAACAACACACAGCAGCCGAUCUUCAGCCCUCAGCAGGUCGUCUCCUGCUCACAGUAUUCCCAAGGUUGUGAUGGCGGUUUCCCGUACCUGAUCGGUAAGUACGUGCAAGACUUCGGCAUCGUCGAGGAGAAGUGCUUCCCUUACGCUGGCAAAGAUUCUCCCUGCACCGUCGCCACCGACUGUCCUCGCCAUUAUGUCUCAGACUACCACUACGUCGGCGGCUUCUACGGCGGGUGCAACGAGGCAGCCAUGAUGAUCGAGCUGGUGAGGGACGGACCGCUGGGCGUGGCCUUUGAGGUUUACCCCGACUUCAUGAAUUACAAAGAGGGCAUCUAUCAUCAUACAGGCCUGCGGGACUCCAUCAAUCCUUUUGAAUUGACCAAUCAUGCAGUGCUGCUGGUGGGCUACGGGCGGAACCAGGAGACUGGCGAGAAAUACUGGAUCGUGAAGAACAGCUGGGGAACCGGCUGGGGCGAAGACGGCUUCUUCCGCAUCCGGCGUGGGACCGACGAAUGCGCUAUAGAGAGCAUCGCCAUGGCAGCCAAGCCUGUCUCUCAGCUGUGACGUCUCUGCGUCUCUCUGCCUUCUCUAGUCGGAUUCUCUUAAGACUUGCUUAUUUGUGUUUGCUUUUAAAAAGGGAAAAAAGAAACCGCUGUCCCUCUUGGCUGUGUCCCAAAUCCUUCCUCUGUUUACUAGGUAACUACUUAUGGUAGUGUGAAAUGUGCUGCAUAGAAUAGAGGUACGGAGUCGGCGACAGCCUCAAGAACGUCAGCGGUUCUUUUAAAAUUGAUUUAGUAAGCAGUUGUUUUAAAUAAUUUCUAUAAUUAUUAUAAUUUUUUUUACAAAUCAUGUCACUCUCUUCUUUUCACUGUGGUGCCUUUCGAUAGUCUGGACAGAUCUGCUUCACUGAGAUAGGGAUGAUUUUUUUUUUUUGAGCAAUAGACGCUAGCUGUUUUCAUCGUCCGUGGCUCCGCCCCAAUCGUGUUACCUCACCUCACCCUAAUAACUGACCCUUGUUGCUCUAGCAGAUUUAAACGGUUAUAAAAAGCGACGCACUGUUUGUUUGCUCACUGUUCAAGGAGUCGGCACAAAUUGAUCACGCGUAUUUUAGUUCCAUUGUAAUUUCCUCGUGCUUUCAAAAUGUUCAGCAGCUAAAAGUUUUAUUAUUGUUUUUUUUUUUUUUUUUAAUUGGAUCAUUUUAAUGAUUUUGUGCAAUAAAGGCUGAUUUUUACAAAUGA